CCUCGGCGAGAUCGCACACCACUGUGCGUAGUAGAGGAAGUGGUCUGCUCACUACCAGAGAAAGAAACAAAAAGAGGAAGGAAAACAAAGAUCUUUCCUUCUCUAUUGGCUCCAUUUUCGCUUCUCCCUCACCUGCGACGAGUUCGCAGAAGCAGAGGGAACGAAAGAGAGAGUAUAUAUUUUUCUAGAGCGAGAUAAAGGGGAAUGGAGGGACGAUUUCUCUCUCCACCAGCGAAGCGUCCGUUCAGCAUCGCCGGAAUGCCAGAAAACAACGCCAACGGCCCAUCUAAGCGGGGCCGUACCAAGGCGCCUCCGCCUCCCAUUGUCCUCUCUCCCGGUCAAGUCGCCUUCCGUCUCCUCUGUCACGUCUCGUACAUCGGUGGCGUCAUCGGGAAGUCGGGCAGCAUCGUUAAGCAAUUCCAGAAGGAGACCGGAGCGAAGAUUCGAAUCGAAGAGCCAGUCCCGGGGUGUGACGAGCGCAUCAUCCUCGUUGUCGCGCCAGAGACUCCGAAGAAGAAGAUUAGAUUAAAGGGAUCAAGUAAGGAGGACAAGGAGGUUGGAGUGGAGUUUGAAGUUUCUCCUGCACAAGAGGCGCUUGUCAAGGUAUUUGAGAGGGUUUUGGAAGUUGUGUCCGAGACUGAUGGGGUUUUCCCGCCACCGGGCGGUUCCGUCUCUUGGAGAUUGCUGGCGGCAAGCAAUCAGGUUGGGGCGGUUAUGGGGAAAGGUGGGAAGAUUAUUGACAAGAUUAGGAAAGAAAAUGGUGUCAAGAUUAGUGUUUUAACUGCAGAAAUGCUCCCAGCUUGCGCAACUCCUAAUGACGAAGUGGUAGAGGUUACAGGAGAUCUUUUCGCUGUAAAAAAAGCUCUUAUUGCUGUUUCACGCUGUCUUCAAAGCUGUCCACCAAUAGAUAGAACGCAACUGGUUGCAAGCAAACCCGUGGAGGCACCUACUCGGGGGAUUUUUCCUGACCCAAAUGGAGAGCUAUUCCCACAACAGAGUUCAUUUCUACCCCCUUUAUCAAGAAAAACUAUUGACUAUGCUUCAAGAGGUCGUCCUCUACCACAAGAUAUUGAGAAGAUCUCCACCCCAGAUCCAAAGAAGACACAGCAGGAAGUUACAUUCAGACUUCUCUGUUCCAAUGAGAAGGUUGGGGGCGUAAUUGGUAAGGGAGGUGUAAUUGUCAAAGCACUACAAAGUGAAACAGGCGCUUCCAUUAGUGUUGCAGCAUCUGUAUCUGAGUCAGAUGAGCGUGUAAUCACUGUUUCUGCAAUGGAGAAUGUGGAGUCACAGUACUCUCCAGCACAAAAUGCUGCCCUUCGCGUUUUCACUAGGUCCAUUGAGGUUGGCAUAGAAAAUGGACUGGAGUCAGUCUCAAGUAAGGGGACUCCUGUUAUUGCACGUCUUCUAAUAUCAUCAAACCAAGUUGGUUGCUUGAUGGGUAAAGGAGGCACAAUAAUUUCAGAAAUGAGGAGGAUAACUGGUGCUGGUAUACGGAUAUUAGGAGGUGAACAGGUCCCAAAAUGUGCCCCAGAAAAUGAUGAAGUGGUACAGAUUACUGGGGAUCUUAGCAAUGUUAAGGAUGCUUUACUUCAUGUUACUGGUAGAUUGCGUGAUAAUAUUUUACCCAAUAAAAUGUCAAAAGGAGCAGGAGUCAGUAGCUACUCGUCUUCUGCCAUCCCAGAGAUUAGUUCUUUCGGAAGAGUGAGAGAACCUACUUCUUCUGGAAUAUAUCCAUCAGUGGGGCUUUCUCAUAAUCCAGAUCGCCCAGUUACUCUAAUGCAUGGUAUGGAUCACCUAGGGCUUUCUCAUAGUUUGGAUCGUCCACCAUCACCAAGGUUAUGGGCAUCACAGACUGUCAGCAGUGGGGAUUCAAGGGGCAUUACAGACCUAGGAAGAGGAUUUUCAACACUUAGAGGUGGUGUGGAGCUUGGCAGAGGAAGCAAAUCUGCAAUCGUCACUAAUACAACUGUGGAGAUCAUGGUUCCUGAAAAUGUUAUCAGAUCUGUCUAUGGGGAGCAGGGCAGCAAUCUGAAUCGUCUAAGACAAAUUUCGGGUGCUAAAGUUAUAGUGCGUGAUCCUCAUCCUGGCACAACUGAUACUAUGAUCAUCAUAUCUGGAACACCUGAUCAGACCCAAGCAGCCCAGAGCCUCCUGCAGGCUUUCAUUCUAAGUGGUCAAUCAUCACCAGAUAAUCCCAGGUUGUUAUAAUCGCAAGGGCAAGACAAAAAUUUACGUGAUACUUGCCCCUUUUUACUUUUCUUGUUCUUAAUGGGAAGGUCUAUGGUGGGUUCAGGCCAAAUUUCAUUAUAGACUAGUUGAGAUUUUUUUCUCUCCCAGUUUCUUCGAGCACUCCGUUCAUACCAAAAAUGGUCAUUUUGACAUGUAAAUCCUGGAGCCUCUUCUUAGUGCAUGCUUUCUAAUAUGUACAUCUUGGGUGUUCUUCUUAUUGAAUGCUUUCUGAUGAAGGUUAUAGAUUGAUAAAAUGAAAUGAAGGUAAGGUCCUGUUAUUGUGUUAAAAGGGGAAGAAAAGAUGGCGGGUCCUGUAGUUACUAGUUGGGAUAUUAUGAAAUGUACUGAUUGUUCCAACCCAAUAUAUUUUUAACCAGUGAUCAAUUUGCAAUUA